AUGUCCGAUCCACCGAGUCGCACUUCGACUCCUCGCUCGUUCACAAAUCAAUCAGCUUCGGCGGAGGACUUACUUAAGUCUCAAACAGUCGGUCUAGUCCAUCUUUCGGAGUUUCGCAAACGGCGAGCAGAGGUCCUUGAACAGAAGGAGCGUGAGGCGCAUGAUAAGUCGUUAGGACGAUUCACAUCCAGUACUUCGAGGACAGGGACGCCAUCGCAAGGCGAUGUGGCAGACGGUGCGUUGACACCCGGUUCCGUUUCCUCGGACGGUCGACCAAAGAAGAAGAAAAAGGCACUCGCGAGAAGUAAAUUAUCUUUCGGAGAUGAUGAUGAUACAAAUGAUACUGGAGACGACUCCGGUGCAGCGACACCCCAGCCUACAUCCAAGAAGCGACCAGAAGCAAGUCCCGCUAUACCAGCGCGCAAGAUCACCGCAAACCCCAAUGCUCCUCCCCCGCCGAAAACACUCACGAAAGCUGCACUAGAAGCUGAGGCUCAGGCGCGGGAUGCACUGCGUAAAGAGUUUUUGGCGAUGCAAGAGAAGAUCAAAGCUACAGAGAUCAUAAUACCAUUUGUCUUCUACGAUGGUACAAACAUUCCUGCCGGGCAGGUGAAAGUUAAGAAAGGAGAUCCCGUCUGGCUGUUCCUUGACCGAUGUCGAAAAGUUGGCGCCGAGCUGGGUGUGGGAGGUGCUCAAAAGAGCAGUCGUGCGAAACGUGAUCACCGUCGAGAAUGGGCUAGAGUCGGUGUUGACGAUCUCAUGCUUGUGCGAGGGGAUAUCAUUGUACCUCACCAUUACGAGUUCUAUUACUUUAUUGCGAACAAAGUACCUAGUUUUGGCAAGGCCGGGGGUUUGUUGUUCGAUUUCUCAGCCAAUGUACCUCCCGUGAAAGACGACGGACCAAACUCACAACCAACUGAUGAGGAGUUAGAAGGCGCCGACGCGGAUCCAACAUUGACGAAGGUGGUUGACCGACGAUGGUAUGAGAAAAAUAAACACAUAUUUCCAGCCAGUCUUUGGCGUGAGUACGAGCCUGGCGCGGAGUUCUUGGAAAAGAUGAAAUCAGCCAGGAGAGAUGCUUCGGGCAACGCGUUCUUUUUUUGA